CUGACUCCGCCCACACUCUCCUUACCGGAUGAGCGAACACUGGGAGGAGCUUGAGCUGAAUGGCCCCGCCCACACUAGGUGUUGACCAAUAGUGUAGCUCGACGCGACCAUAGUGACUACAGGGGAAGGAGGGCGUUAGCCUAGCCCAAACAUCCAUGUAUUUACUCAGGGUUAGGGUGAACCGUGCGCUUAUUACUGUCUGUGAGUGCUACAAGUACUUUUGCUGAUCACAGAAUUAAACAAGACCAAGUUAAACUGAGAAACGUACACAUAUGAUUAGGAUAAGUGUUUGGUCAUUCAAUUUGCCGUAGAGUCCCGCCGUGAACUGUGCGUGUGAGUGUUGGCUAGGCGACCUUAGUUGACCUGUUGAGCUGCGUGUGGCCGGCGUGACCCUCGUCGCCCCGACACUCACCACCGUGUUGCUUGCUGCCUCGCCUCCACCAGCAGGAAUAUGUACAGUGCGUGAUCCUUGUGUGUGACUGUGUGUAGUGAGUGACCCGGGCACCAUGUUGUCCCAGAAGUUAUACAGUGACACCAUGACGCCCAUGAGUUCGGGGGCGCCGCCCGUCUCGCCCAUGUCGCAGAGCACAUACGGCAUGAACUCCAUGAACAGCAUGAUGGGUAUGAACACCUACCAGCAGCGCCUCCCGCCCAACAUGGACUUCUCCUCCUCCAUGAGCGGCAUCGGGGCCAUGGGUAUGGGCGGGCAGUGUAUGAGUCCCGGCAUGACCGGGAUGGGCGCCUUCCCUCCCAUGAACAGCUCCAUGCAGCAGAUGAACGGUAUGAGUGGGUGCAUGAGCGGUAUGGGCGGCAUGGGCGGCAUGAACCAGAUGGUGGGUUACGGGCGUGAGCUGCAGGAGCCAGACAGUCCGGUGUCGUCGGCGCUACAGCGGGCGCGUCAGGACAAGACCUACCGCCGCUCCUACACCCACGCCAAGCCUCCCUACUCCUACAUCUCCCUCAUCACCAUGUCCAUCCAGAACGCCCCCAACAAGAUGGUGACGCUGUCAGAGAUCUACCAGUUCAUCAUGGACCUGUUCCCUUACUACCGCCAGAACCAGCAGCGUUGGCAGAACUCCAUCCGUCACUCCCUCUCCUUCAACGACUGCUUCAUCAAGAUCCCCCGCACGCCAGACAAGCCCGGCAAGGGAUCCUUCUGGUCACUCCACCCAGACUCUGGCAACAUGUUUGAGAACGGCUGUUACCUCCGCCGUCAGAAGAGGUUCAAGUGUGAGAAGAAAGAACCGUCGCGGCCAACCACCAAGUCCUCGCACACGUCCAGCCAAGUCCAGCACCAGAGUCCAGGCUCCGCCACCAAGCAGGAACAUCCCGAGGACGCUGAGUCCAAGAUGGACUCCUCUAUGGCGUCCCCCGCACACCCUGGCCACGGUGGUCACAACGGCCACCAUGGCCACCCUGUCAGCGGCGGCGGCCCGCCGGGUCAGCAGCCUCCCAGUGACCCUGUGUCCGGGAUGACCCAACUGCUGGAGGCCGCCACCAAACUGGAGCCGCCAGAGUCCGGCUACCAGAUGCCGCCGCCGCCCUCCGUCAGCAUCUCCGACAAGUACAGCGCCGAACAGCAGCAGCAGCAACAACAACAACAACAGACGCAGCAGCAGCAGGGGCCGCCGCCGGAACAGCAGCAUCACCAGGCCGCCCACCUCGGCACCGCCCACGACCUGCACGCUGCAGCGCCCCUCCAUCCGUCCCUCCUCAAGGACUACACAGCCUCCGCCUACCUGAAGGACUACUCCAACGGGCACCUGAAAGACUACGGCUCCUACCUUAAAGACUACAGCGGUCACCUGAAGGAAUACGACCACCUCAAGAACUACCCGGCGCCCGCCCACCCCUUCAGCAUCACCUCCAUAAUAGCGGCGGAGAACAAGGACUCCUACGGCGGGUACCUCAGUCCGCUACCCCCGGCCUCCAGCGCCGCGCCCUCACACCACGCCAUGGGCGGCGACCAUGGCGGCUACUACCCACCUCCCCUCUACCACCACACCACUACGCCCCUCUGAUGUGGGCGUGGGUGGCCAUCCCCUCAGCACCUCGCCCACCAGACCCUUGUAAAUAACGUGUGAAUGUCCAAGUGUGAGGUGAAGCUGUAGGCCCGGCCAGCGGUGGUGGUGGUGUCCCCGACCGGUCUACUACUGCUGAGUCAGGAGGUCCUCGGAGGCCGUGAGUCAAGAGGUCCUCGGAGGCCGUGAGUCAGGAGGUCCUCGGGGGGGCCGUGAGUCAGGAGGUACUCGGGAGGCCGUGAGUCAGGAGGUAUUCGAGAGGCCGGCCUCUUAACACCCAGUAAGUGCUGCUACUACUUGACCUGGAUAUAAAAAUCCCCACAGACCUGUUGAAAGUUGAAGGUCAGUUUCUUUAUGAGAUAAAUCUUGUUGUUGUGUUGGGAGAGGCAGGAGUCCCGGCCCGCUGCCUCACCUCUAACACUUGAUGAUCAACUCUGUCAAAAUUUUAUAUCCCAUUAAGUUGGUGUUUGUGAUGGCGGUGUUGUCUCGUCUGAAGUUUGUUACCUUAUAAUACGGGUUAUAAACAGGACCUAAAUUACACUCAUUCAUUCAUUUAUUUAUUUCUAUGUAAUCAUCGGCCAUUUUGGAAAAUUAUUAUAUUGCAUAGGAUUUUAUUUUUUGGUUCAUCCUAAAAUAUUAUUUGUUUGUUGGAACAUUAAUUAGUGUAAAGGUACAGGUGUUGUGGGAACAGUGACCAACCACCAGCUGUUAACUUCACUCAGGUUUACUCUUGUUAACAUAAGCCAACUGAUCUUUGUCUAAACUGCUGUGCUGUACACGCUGAGCGGCAGUAAAUCACCCAUGAUCUGUCCACAGCGGCUGUGCGUGGCCCGGCGACACGUACACCACACACACACACACACACACACACUCCCUUCUUGUGUGUGUACGUGCACCAGCUGGUAGUGUACAUCGGCUGUCAUGUGUGUGUGUGUGUCAGCCUCAUGGUUCAGUAUGAGGUCACUAAUGAUCUGAUAACUCAAGAUCUUUAUAAUAUUUUAUUUUACUCUUUAUUGAAUCUGGUAAAGGUAACUUAACUUUACUCCAUUUUAUUUACUGAAUCUUAUUUAGGUUAAAGAUAAAAUAAUAAUAUAUAUCUAUACAGUAUAAUGUACAUUGAAUUUAUAUUAUUUUUUGUUAGUUAUGUUGGAAGGUCGGGGCAGGAGACAGCCAGUGAAACAAAGGUGUUAACAAGACCUAUAGUGAAGCCGACUCACUGCCGCCGCUCAUACAUACAGACAACUUAACACGGCAGAUCUGUGGCACUAACAAAGCCUCUGUGACUAUCGGUGUGAGGAGAUAAGCCCUAUAUCUGUGUGGCUGCCUCAUGUGUGUGUGUGGUUGGCUGUGUAAGUAUGUGAAUGUGUGUUUGUAUGUGCCAAUGCAUGUAUGUGUGGCUAUGUAUGUGUGUGUGUGUAUGGCUGUGUAUAUGUAUGUAUGUGUGUGUGUAGUUCCAUGUGCGUCACCAGCGACCCUCACCAUUACCCAUAAACCCCAAGCUACUGAUAAUUUUUGUUCUUUGAAAGUAAAAAAAAAAUUCUAUCACAUCUCCACAAAUAAUAAUAAUAAUAAUUUCACCUCACUAUUCCAAACACUUAAUCAGUUAUUUAUUAGUCUUUAACAUCGGAUUACCACGACGCUCAGAGCUCGGGUUUAAUGUGUAAAUUGAUUCAAAAGGUUUAAUGUGUAAAUUGAUCGAGGUUAAAGUGUAAAUUGAUCGAGGUUAAAGUGUAAAUUAUUUUGGUGUGAGGGAGGGUGACCACUGACCGCUUCCGGGGUCCUGUCUGGAUUACCGCCACCACCGUAACCUAACCUAAUCAGUCACACUAACUUAACCUAACCUAAUCAGUCACACUAACCUAACCUAACCUAAU